GACCCCUUUGCAUUAUGCAGCUGCAAAUUGUCAUUUCCACUGUAUUGAGACAUUAGUGAYCACAGGAGCCAAUGUUAAUGAAACAGAUGACUGGGGCCGGACCRCUCUGCACUAUGCUGCUGCAUCAGACAUGGAUAGAAAUAAGACCGUCUUGGGAAAUGCCCAUGAAAAUUCAGAAGAACUUGAAAGAGCCAGGGAGCUGAAGGAGAAGGAAGCUGCACUAUGUCUAGAGUUUCUGCUUCAAAAUGAUGCAAAUCCAUCUAUCCGGGACAAGGAAGGCUACAAUAGUAUACAUUAUGCUGCUGCCUAUGGCCACAGACAAUGUCUGGAAUUGCUUUUGGAAAGAACCAACAAUGGUUUUGAAGAAUCAGAUUCCGGUGCUACCAAGAGUCCACUCCACUUAGCUGCCUACAAUGGGCACCAUCAAGCCUUGGAGGUCCUUUUGCAGUCGCUGGUGGACCUGGACAUCAGGGACGAGAAAGGCCGCACGGCUCUGGAUCUGGCCGCCUUUAAGGGACACACAGAAUGUGUGGAAGCACUUGUCAAUCAGGGAGCAUCCAUCUUUGUGAAAGACAAUGUAACCAAAAGAACCCCACUUCACGCCUCAGUCAUUAAUGGUCACACCCUGUGUUUGCGGCUAUUAUUAGAAAUUUCAGACAACCCUGAAGUGGUUGACGUGAAAGAUGCCAAAGGACAAACCCCACUUAUGCUCGCAGUGGCAUAUGGACACAUUGAUGCUGUUUCAUUGUUACUUGAAAAGGAAGCAAAUGUGGAUGCUGUUGACAUCAUGGGAUGCACGGCUUUACACAGAGGGAUUAUGACAGGGCAUGAGGAAUGUGUGCAAAUGCUGCUGGAACAAGAAGUGUCAAUCCUCUGUAAAGAUUCCAGAGGGAGGACACCCUUGCACUAUGCAGCUGCUCGGGGACACGCCACGUGGCUGAGUGAACUGCUCCAAAUGACUCUCUCCGAAGAGGACUAUUGUUUCAAAGACAACCAAGGCUACACGCCGCUGCACUGGGCUUGUUACAAUGGUAAUGAAAACUGUAUAGAGGUACUUUUGGAGCAAAAGUGUUUUCGCAAAUUUAUCGGUAAUCCUUUUACUCCACUGCACUGUGCAAUAAUAAAUGAUCAUGAGAAUUGUGCAUCAUUGCUACUUGGGGCCAUGGAUUCCAAUAUUGUCAGUUGUCGAGAUGACAAAGGCAGGACACCCCUUCAUGCGGCAGCAUUUGCUGAUCACGUGGAGUGCUUGCAACUUCUUUUGAGGCACAAUGCUCAAGUGAACGCAGUAGAUAAUUCAGGGAGAACACCACUGAUGAUGGCUGCUGAGAAUGGACAGGCAGGCGCUGUGGAUAUUUUGGUGAACAGUGCUCAAGCAGAUCUGACUGUAAAGGAUAAGGACUUGAACACGCCCUUACAUUUGGCUAGUAGUAAAGGUCAUGAAAAAUGUGCCUUGUUAAUACUUGACAAGAUACAAGAUGAGAGCCUUAUUAAUGCAAAAAAUAAUGCACUGCAGACACCACUCCAUGUUGCAGCACGCAAUGGCUUAAAGGUGGUAGUUGAAGAGCUGCUGGCCAAAGGAGCCUGUGUACUUGCUGUAGAUGAAAAUGCUUCUAGGUCAAAUGGACCCCGUUCCGCACCUGGAACAGCUAUACAAAAAGAAGAAUGAGACUUUAAAAAUUAAGCACAUACACACACUCACACACACAUAUCUGUGUAUAUAAAUAUAUGUAUGUAGCUCAUCAGCCAGCUAUAUGUGAGGACCAAAAUGCUUCAGUCUAAAGUGGAAGAAUUAAAUUUUUUUUUCCUUCAAAAUGAAAGUGAGAACUGUAGUAGCUUUUCUAUGGAGUUGUAAUCUUUUUGUGUACCAGUCUUUGUUGUAUUUUAUAUUUCUUAUGACACAGAUUUCUAGUUGAUGGCUUAACAUUUGUAACUGAUGAUGUGUUGACCACAGUUUAUUUUUUUUGUCAAACUAGAGAAAAUGUCUGUAUACUUUUGAUGUAAAUGUGUUUAUAUUUAUUUGAAAUGAAGCAAAUGCCGAGGAAACUGUUUGUUCCUUGUUUUAAUUGUUAUGUAUCUUAUUUGGAAUAACAAAAAAAAUAAAAAAUAGAAAAACACCCUUGACCCUGGGCUAGCCAGCAGCCCCCUGUCCAAACCCAGCAUUUCCACUGCUAAGGUUUCCAGUCCACCCUCAGGUUCAUGCAUCACUCAGUCCCAGUCUGCAGCCAGCAUAGAGUGUGUAAGACAUGGCCAUCCACAUGCUUUCUGUAAGACAAAAGCUAAAGUGUAUAGUGGGUCAUAUACACAAAGGUGGGCCAAAGAGAGACCCAGAAAUUACCCUGAAUACACUGAAAAAUCUUACCUGGUCCCCAACCCUAAUGGGAAAUGAUGUCAGCGUGGGCACUGUGCCAAGAGAAGAAAUCAGAAUCACCAGCUCAAGUGCUAUAUUCCCCUUGAGGAAGAGACAGGAAAGAAAUGUGUUGCAAUAGGGCAGUACUAGUCAACAUUUUAUAAUAAGUUCCAUUUUCACCCUGGAAAUUUCUAUCUCACAGUGUGUGUGAGAUAUUUUUCAAAACAGUGUUCUAUCAUAUCUGAAUCAAACACAGAUACUGUAUUAUUUUUUUCUUCUAACUGUAAAAGACUUUAUUUAAUCUUACUCUUUUAAUAUCCUGGAUUUAAUUAAAACUCAUGUUGAGUUCUUCACACAUGAGAACUUGUUCAAAGGUCUUACAGAACCGUUAUUAAUUUCAUCAAACAUUUUCAACACCGACAUCAUUGUUUUUUAAACUCGGUGUGGUAUUUUCUCUCCUUCUUCUGUUCUUUUUGUUUACAGAAGAUGAAUUUUUUAAAAUGUAAACAGAUUGCUAAUGAACAAUAAUGACCUAUCUUUACCAAAACACUGAAAACAAGGGAGCUCCGAUAUUGAAGAGCAUGACACACUGAGGUGUCUGUUUCUAGAAGUGAAUGGGAGUCUUACUCAGUUGGUAUUUAAAGCAGGAAAUGAAAUGCCUGUGUUCAAUGGCGAGGCAGCAUUAACAUUUUUCCUGUAGAGUAGCAGAGAGUAGUGGAUCUUUUCAGCAAAGCAGUGACCUACCUUGAGGCAUUAUCUCUGUGGAGCUGCAUUUUGACUUUUCCUCACUGUCUUUCCGAUAGAAGGAGGACAAAGGAACAAAAUGAAAUCAUGCUCACAAUGAACUGUUCAUUGAAUCAGUAUAGAUCUCUUUCUCCUUUUUUCUCCCCACUUCUCCUUCAUAAGAGAGACCAAAUUUUUUUUUAAGAAAUGACUUUAAAAACUGUAAUUUAUGUGUGUUUCAAAUUACAUCUUUUAGAAAUAAAGUUGUUUGCAACAUAGCUUUCUAAGAAAAAAACAAAAACAGAAAAUGUGUUUUUUAGUCUUACAUGCUUAGUGCUUUUACCUAAAUGUGUUAUUUUUAGACUGUAUUUUAACCACAGCCCUGUGAUCAUGUUUCAUUGCACUUACCGAAUCGCCAGUGUCUGCCUAUCAUUGGUAAAUACAUCAUUAUCUCCAAAUUGCCUAAAUCCUGCUAUGAUUCUACAGUAAAUAGCUCAGGGGAUUUCUAUUUAUCACUACUAAAAGGGCACCAUAGUAUGUUUUGGUACUUUAGGCAGUAAACAGCUGCUUGACUUAUUGUUUUAUUAUUCAGUUAGAGCAGAACAUCAAAUGGAUUUGCUGCACUAGUUAAUCUUUGUACUGUUGAGCAACUUGGUUUGCUUAUCUGUUGUGUAGGUUGAAAACUCAUCCCAUUUUUUGUCAUGUGAAAUGAAGUUAGAGUGCCUUUUUAUAUUUGUAUAUUCUGAAAAUGUUAUGUGAAAUGUUUUGUAUUUUUUUCAUUUGAGUGUUAUCAGAGCAAUAUAAUACCAGUGAGUUUUCAUUGCAACCUUUCUUUGAAUGUAUAAAGUGUCUUCCCCUCCCUUUCCCCUUUUCUCUGCUUUGAAAUGAAAAUGCUAAAGUUUUCUAUAGGAAUUACAUUUGGUUUUGCAGUGCUAAAAUGCUUUCUUCUUACAAAACUGUAAACCAUAGGUCAGUAUUAUAGAGGAAAAGCGUUUUGAGAUAGUGACAAUCUGAGCGUGUGUAUAAAAUGUAAUUCUAUGAGUUUCUUAUGAAGUGAUAUAAAGAUUCAAUGCAAGUACCUUUUGUUUAGUAGUUUUGUCUACAUUCUUUAUGCUUUAGCAUGUGCAAUAUAUCUUUACAACGCACGAUGAUACAAAUUUGGUGCCAGUGUUAUAUUUUGCAUAACAUAUUUGUAACAGCAUAAAAUAUUGUUUGAUGAUUUCAGUGGGAUUUUGUCUGUAAUGUUUUCUUAUGUAAAUUGGAGUUAAAUGACUCUGGUAAAUGUCAUGACUGUAAAAAUGAGGAAAAUUGUUUUUAGUUCAGUGAAUGACUUUGAACCAAUCUGAAUCUUCUCAAGCACAGUUUGAUACUUUUGCAACUACUGAAUGCUCUAAUAACGUAAUGAAGUACUUAACUGUAAUAUACUAUGGAAAUGCAUUCAGAUGGUUAUUUUUACAAAUAAAAACGGUACAAAUAUUGUUGCAA